AUGGAUGAGCGCAUUGUCUUAAAUGUGGGUGGUACACGCCAUGAAACUCAUCAGGCUACGUUAAAGAAAAUUCCGGCUACACGUCUUUCACGUCUAACACCAGCUCUCGCUAACUUUGAUCCGUUGCUCAAUGAAUAUUUUUUUGACCGCCAUCCAGUCGUAUUUGCUCAAAUAUUAAAUUAUUACCGCACUGGUAAAUUGCACUACCCUACCGAUGUCUGUGGUCCAUUAUUCGAGGAAGAACUGGAAUAUUGGGGUCUUGAUGCAAAUCAAGUUGAGCCAUGCUGUUGGAUGACCUAUACUCAGCAUAGAGAUACACAAGCAACACUUGCAGUUCUGGAUACUUUAGAUACAGAUUUUAGUCGGGAUGAAGAUCUCGAAACACGUGAACACAGUAUGAUGAAGAAGUUUGGCUGGGAGGAAGAUUAUUAUAAGGGUAGAGUUACUUACUGGAUGAAGGCGAAAUCAAAAGUAUGGGCAUUAUUUGAUGAGCCUUACUCUUCUCAGCCUGCUAAGAUAAUUGCAGCGAUAUCAGUCUGUUUUAUUAUAAUCAGUAUGGUAUCAUUUUGCAUGAAAACACAUCCUGCUUUUCGUAUUGCCGUACUAUCAUUUAGUAAUAUCAGUGAUAAUUAUAUCAGAGUUCAGAAAACAUCAACCGAACCUCAUCAUAUUUUCAGCCAAAUAGAAUAUUUGUGUAAUUUAUGGUUCACGUUUGAAAUACUCGUAAGAUUUGUAUUUUGUCCAAAUAAAUGGCAUUUUCUCAGAUCCCCUAUCAAUAACAUUGAUUUAAUUGCAACGCUUAGUUUUUACGUUGAUAUUGUAUUAGUAAGAGUUUUCGAAGAAGAAGCGCCUAAAGAUGUUGUAGAAUUUCUUUCAAUGAUACGUAUAUUACGUUUGUUCAAAUUAACGCAACAUCAUCGAGGCUUACAGAUUCUCAUUCAUACCUUUCGUGCAUCUGCAAAAGAACUCAUUCUACUUGUAUUUUUUCUUAUCCUUGGCAUUGUGAUAUUUGCAGCUUUAGUAUACUACGCUGAAAAAUUGGAAAAUAAUCCUAAUAACCAAUUUGUUAGCAUACCUCUUGGCCUUUGGUGGGCAAUUUGUACAAUGACAACGGUAGGUUACGGUGACAUGACGCCACAAACUACACUUGGACGUUUAGUAGGAAGUUUAUGUGCUGUUAUGGGUGUUCUAACUAUUGCACUCCCAGUACCUGUUAUUGUUAGUAAUUUUGCUAUGUUUUAUUCGCAUACGCAAGCACGUGAAAAAUUACCAAGGCAACGAAGACGUGUAUUGCCAGUAGAACAAGUAAAUUCAUUUUUUACUUCUAAAAUAUACCGCAAUACUACCCUAUAA